AUGGCGGAAUAUCCUGCUCUGAGAGGUCCAGGGAUUUUGGCAUUGAUAUCAGAAGGAAGACAAGAAGGAAAAGCAUGGAGAGAUCUCAUUGAAAAGAAAAUCCCAUACAGCCCCACUCUUUGUCGUAAAGACAAAGUGAUUAAAUUAGUGGAUCAGCUGUGGACAUGGUAUUCUGGGAUUUCAGUAAGGAAGGAGAUUGAUUCAGCCCCAGGAAUUAUGAAUCUCCUGCUUCUGCUUUUGCUUCUACUGAUGUCCCAGCCGGUCUCUGGGAAGCUGAGAAUGAAGUGCCCACUGAGUUUGGAAAACCAGGAUGGAGAAAAGCCAUGGAGCUAUUAUAGGCCAGGCGAUCUUGUCAUUGGUAUAGUCAUCUCUCCAUCAACAAUAGCAGAUGCAACAUUACCUUUCAACAGGGCUCCUUCUAGGCAGAUUCAGUUUUUAUCUCAUCGAAAGAAAUACAUACUACGUGUGAUUUUCAAUAUUGAAGUUUUUAAUAAAAAUGAUCAGCCCCCGCACAAUCUCACACUUGGCUGCAACAUCCAUGACAACUAUGAUAACACCCUCGGCACUUCAGAUGCCUUGCUGGACAUGCUGUCUACCGGAGAAGCCAAUGUUCCCAACUACAGCUGUAGAAGGAAGGACAACCUUUUGGCACUUGUUGAUAGAGCUCACAGAGACAUUUCCAUCCAGAUGUCAACUUUAGCAGGUGCCUACAAAUUUCCACAGAUCAAUGAGAAAACUGCUUCAGAGGCUCUGAGUGAUAAAAGUCGAUUCCCUUUUUUCCAUCCAAUGCUCCCCAAAGAAGGGUUUCAGUAUCCAGCAAUUGUCCAACUGCUCCUCCAUUUUGGAUGGACUUUGAUUGGUCUCUUUGCUCCAGACACAGAGAAGGGAGAAAAUUUCAUGAGAACUUUUACCCCUAUGCUUGUGAGGAAUGCAAUUUGUGUUGUUAUAUCACAACAAUUCUCAGUGACUGGAAAUACAGCAGCCCUCAGGAAUGCCCUCUCUAUUUGGAAACAAGUCAAUGUCUUUGUUCAUUUCAUAGAAAUGGAGUCCAUUUUUGACAGAAUUCUUCCCUUCCAUUUAGCACUUAGGCAUUUACCAGAACCUAUUCAAGGGAAAGUCUGGAUCAUGACAAUGGUUGGAGGAUAUUCAAUAAAAGAAAACAGGCAUUACAAGUACGUCCAUAGUAUUUGGAGCUUUCCUUCUAAGUGGAAAAAAAGUUGGCAAAAAGAUGAUGCCUAUAAAGGUGUUUUCUUUGUGGAACCUGAAUUUCAAGAUGAGUAUUUUCAUUGUGCUAUUUCAAAACACGUCUUUUCUGUCAAAGGCCGGAGAAGAUGCACCCAGAAAGCUCCAGUGGAGACCGAAGAGAAAAAGAAUAGGGAGCAAAUCAAAAAUGAUCGCAGUGUGUACAGUGUCAUUAAGAUUCUGGCCCACACAUUAAAUUCUGCAUCCAAUUCCAAGAGGGGAAGAAAAAAGGGAGAAGAGAGUUUGGGGGUUCAGAGGCUUCAUCCAUGGCAGUUCCAUCCAUAUUUAAAGCAGAAUGAAUUGUACAAUCUUUCUUUGUUGAAAGUGUAUUUGGACCAAAAUGGAGACAUAGCAGCAGAUCUGCGGAUCAUUAGUAGGCUGUUUCUGCCCAAGAAGGAUCCCAUCAACAAGGAAUUGGGGAGUUUUGAAAGUCAAAGAAUUAUAAUCAACCAAGAUGUUUUGUCACAGCUAAAGUUGCUGAACAAGUCUCUGCCUCAGUCCAAAUGUGUGGAAAAAUGUCAGCCAGGAUUUGUCAAGAAAGUUCGAGAAGGAGAACCAGUUUGCUGCUAUGAUUGUGUUCCUUGUCCAGAAGGGACCAUCUCAACUCAGGAAGACACUGAAAAAUGCACAAAGUGCCCAGAAGAACAAUGUCCAACCAAGAACCGAGUCCAAUGUAUCCCCAAAAGAAUAACCUUCCUGUCCUAUGAAGAACCUCUGGGCAUCAUCCUCGUCUGCUUUGCCCUACUCUUGUUCCUAACCACAGGCUUUGUUUUAGUCAUAUUUAUUAAACAUCUAGAAACUCCCAUUGUCAAAGCCAACAACCGAGACCUCUCUUACAUCCUCCUGAUCUCCCUCUUGCUUUGUUUUCUGUCCUCCUUUCUUUUCAUUGGCCAGCCAAGGAAAGCCACUUGUUUUCUCCGGCAAACAAUGUUCAGCAUUGUCUUCUCAGUAGCUGUGUCUUCUGUGUUGGCCAAAACAAUCAUGGUGGUGCUGGCUUUCCUGGCCUCAAAACCAGGAAACAAGAUGAGAAGAUGGUUAGGAAAGACCUUGGCCAACACUAUCAUCCUUUCUUGUUCUGGUGUCCAAAUUUUCAUUUGUGUCAUGUGGCUGGGAAUUUCCCCCCCAUUCCCUGAUUCUGACAUGCACUCUCAGCCUGGAAAAAUCAUCCUUCAAUGCAAUGAAGGCUCUGUUACCAUGUUUUAUAUUGUCCUCGCCUACAUGGGUUUCCUUGCUAUCAUUUGCUUCGUGGUGGCUUUCUUGGCCAGAAACCUGCCUGGGGCCUUCAAUGAAGCCAAACUGAUCACUUUCAGCAUGCUGGUCUUCUGCAGUGUCUGGAUUUCCUUCCUUCCCACCUACCUGAGCACCAAAGGGAAAUACAUGGUGGCCGUGCAGGUCUUUUCCAUCUUGGCCUCUGGUGCUGGACUGCUGGGCUGCAUCUUCCUCCUCAAGUGCUACAUUAUCAUCCUUAGACCUGAUCUAAACACUAAGGAACAUCUCAUGAUAAAAAUAGGGAAGUGA